UUGGCUUUACGCUACAAGUAUGCUGCACUUACCUCUAAUCGGUUGUGAGAAAAUUUUGAGCAUGCGUAUAUCCCUCAACAGGAGAGUUUGCAAGCAACAUAUUUACUAGUGGUUUACAUCUUAUUAAUUCUACCCGGGUAGGAGUUCAAUUACAUCCAUUCGUUCUGCGUAUGUAGUACGUACUUUUGCAUAAUGCUAAAACAAUUUUUCCCUUUCAUCGGGCACCAUUAUCCAGCAAAAGGGUUUUACUCAGUUUAAAACAUCUGAUCAUGCCAAGUUUAAGGGGCAUGAUCCCCUUACUUACAGUUAGGCACUGCGGUAACCUUCUGCGGGUGGGCGACGUCGAUCGAUGUUCAGGCAUCUCGCUAUGCCUGGAGAAGUACGACAUGAGGCUGCCUGAUAUGAGCCCGUAAGAUCAAAAUCAUUCACCACGAUGCCUGCGGAAUCCAGCGCCCCCAAGACGCUUCGCAUCAGUGUCACGCCCCACGAUAACCUCCCCCAAGAGCCCGCGGAAGACGCCCCGGUAGUUCUUCUCGGCGAAGCUAUCGAGCGCUUCCGCACGUACGCCGAGUACCUUAACAGCCAGAUCUCCGAAGAGGACAUGUUCUACUUGGGCGAUCACCGUAUGGCCCAGAAGAUCGUCGAGCAGGGUCUCCAUAAUAACCGCGAAAAGUUCACCCGUAAAACCUUUGAACGCGAGCAAGUGGCGGCCGCCGAACGCCGCCGGCUGGAACGUGAAGAACACCAGAAUAAAAUUACGGCGACCUUCACAGCAAUCCAGGAGGACUGUGUGCUUCAGGAAUUAGUGAGGCGGAAGGACGCCAAUGAAAACGGCCAACUACUGACGAUCAUCUUCAUUCGGACGCGAUCAACAAAAGGUCAGGAAAUCUCUGGGUACGUGGAUUACGCCCACCGCUUAAAGACCGACAAAACCUGGAAAGAGGUUUUCAGCGGACGGCGUACUUUGGCGCCGCGGCCCAGCGAUUUGAGUUACUUCAACUGGGACACACUGGAGUCCACGUUAAACGACACGCCCAAUUUUCAGGUAAUUAUCGGGAAAGAUUUAUCCGUGCAUUUUCGCUGCCAGAAGGAUUUUCGGAUUGUCAACGUGAAUUCCCAAGCCAAGAAUAAUUCCGACGCCUUGUCGACGGUUCUCCGCUCCAAGAAAUACGUACAGAUUGUGUUGUACGAUCACUGGAUUCGCUUGUGGUCUCCGGAAGACGAGGCUAUGGAUUUCGCCAGCGCUCCGUUGGAAUCAGCGCAAACCGAACCGGAUUUAGUGGAUAAUGUUUCCGCAGCGAUUUUAGAAGAGGAUUUAGUAGAAAUUGCCAAGAACGCUCUUGGACGGCCGCGAAGAACCCUGAAGGGUCUACCAACUGUAACUGAGAGGGAAAAUAUUCUUGGACAAGCGCAACAGUUCCAGGAGAAUCUUGCGGCGACCUUGCGCACGGUACGCGACAUCGAGCAGACCGAUGUCCGUAACGAAACACUAGGAACGUUUACAUAUGCCGAUUUGAUGGAGAAACUCAAAAAACUUCUACCCGCGAAUGUCACACAAGAGAGACUCAUAAGCAGCACGAUCGCAGCCACGCCGAAGCAAAGCGCAGUUACCGAAGAGCCCCAAUCAGAGAACAUCGAGAUCGACGAAGAUGCCGUGUCGCCGUUCUUACCGCAGCCGCAAGAAUUCGCUCCGGUCAUGCACCAGUAUCAAAAACAUUCCGUCAACAAGAAGACCAUCGUGUUCAACCAGUUAGCGUAUCCGGUCAGCGGGAUUCUCACGGAGACGGCACGAUUAGAGCGUGAUACACCGGAAUCGGAGAAGAUGCUGAAUCCGUUGUACAGAAAAUCGCAGGUUUCGACCAGGGUACGAUCGGGGCCGUACCAGCAUUUGAAAAACAAUAUUCUUCAGGCGUUUGUCAACCACCGUACGCCGGAAUGAUUCCCUAAUGACUGUAGCGCAAGCCGUUAAGGACGCUUCUUUCUACUUAUAUCUACAGGUGAAAAUAUGCGAGUGCUUAACAAGCAGCGCAGUCUAUAAUGUUUCGAGCGUCAUAAGACCAUUUGGCUGGAUUUUUUACUGCCUCUUUUGUGGUUAAUGCUUUUGGUCCAGCAGCUGUACGUAAGUCGGUGAUGGACAAAUUUACUGCUUAAUUUACGCAUUGUGUCUCCUCCCACGUUGUAAAUAUUAUGCACGUCUGGCAUGCAGCCAUCUCUCUUGCCUAUAGCGGACAAAUUAUACCGCUUUCGUUUGCUGAGAAUAAAG